GUUAAAAGUUAUUCGAGUAAGAUUAACAUAAAAUAAUUGUAUCAAGUUAUGCUAAAAGGACCGCAUAAUAAGAAAUGAUUAUGUUCUUUGGUAAUUCCUUCGUAUCGGAUAAGUCCAAAUCGCAAGUAAACAGUCAAAAAGAUUAGCUUCCCGUAGGUGACAGCGGGAUUAAGUUUCAAGUUUGAAGCUAAGAAGAUUGUUCCUUUGUGCUAAGCUAUUUAACCUGUCCUCGAAUGAAACUUGGGCUAACACAAGAGUAUCUUUGAAAAGUGUUUGAGUAUAGAGAGUUAAUCACUCCUAAGGGGUGACUAAGUCCUGUUCUUUCAAAUUCAAGCGAACAGUAUUUAAAUAUGCUGGAGAAAAGUGUCCUUCCCAGUAUCUCCGAUGGGUCCGAAAUAUGCGUAAGCCUAGUAAAAGUAGGGGGAAAACAAUUUAAGCUGCGCAGCCCAAAAAAUAGUCCCAGAGCAUACGAAAGUUCACAUGACUCUUCUUUAUGAACUUUCUCUAAUUCUACAUUUACUACAGGUUAGCCAAACCAAAGGAUUCCUAAUAAGAAGAUACUUAUCCGAGUGCUAUAAUACGAAUCGUUCGCUAUAUUUCAAGCUGCUUCAUUUGGUUUAUUAUGUAUCCGCGAAUAUUCGAAACUGUAGCUCUUAUGCAUGUAAAUCCUUAGUAAAUUCCAGAGGAUGUCUACCCGACCCAAUACAAAAGGUUAGAAAGUUCAAUGCCGAUACUAUUAUAAAUUUUCUGAUUUAGAAGUUCUUAAACAACCUUCCAGACCCGAAAUAUUAGGAGUUAAAUUCGGAAUAAAGAAAGAAUUAAAAAGGGAGUUCAAGUCACUACUUAUGUCCUGGUUACCGAAAUUCGUGUAAACAAAAUUGUCUUAAAGAAAGAUAUGAUAGAACACCUGUUGGAUAAUAGAGAGAUAUGGCUAUAAUGAAAGUUUAAUUUAAGAUAGUCUAGAUAAGUAAAAUAGUUAAUGGUAUACUAGUUGGAUACAAAUAAUUUUUUAGGAUUCAAUGUUUGGGUAAAUUAAAACUGAUUCUUGCAAACAUCUUCAGAAGCUCAAAGGACCGCUUAAUCUAGAGAAUGUACCAAAAAUCAAUAAAAAUCGCUCCAUGGUUCAGUCUCUAUGAAAAUUCCAAAUGAGAGGAAUUACUAAUAGUAAAUUUUUGUUUGUAGAAUUGUUUUUAAGUUGAUUUUGUAAUUAUUCCUGAUAGUGCUUAAAUUAGAAGUUCAAGGAAUACCAUGGAACUAGGAAAGACAAGAUGGCCAAAAUUCAACUAAUAAAUUAUUACUAAAGAGUAAAUAAAAAAAAAACAUCAUACUAUGUGAUUUCUUCUUGAUAAAGAGCUUUUAAUGAGACAAAUAGAAGCGUAUGAAGCAACCCUAGCAAUUUUAAAUUCACUUCCAGAUGGAGUACCAGCUGAACAACUAAGUGAAAAUAUUUCGAAUGAAAUUACUCCCACGGAGUGUGUUCCUGAAGAAAGUGAAAAUAACCAAUAAAUCCAGAGAGGGAAAAUGUCUUUAACUCAUUGGACUAAACACAUGAACUAAAAAGUAAGUUUGUAUCUCUAUUGAAGCAUUAGUGAGUUAAAUAAUGUUCUACCGUUUCUGGCUUAGAGUUUAAAGACUUUUCCAAACCAUCGGAUUUACCUAAAUCCCCCCCUUGUCAACCAAAGUUCUAUUUUGUAGGAAAAUAGUUAAGUCACGGCAUGCUAAAGGACCGCAUGCCGUCGAGUUCGAUGAAAAUUACCAAUUUAAAGUAACCAAAUAUCCCAAUGUCAUUGUCGAGAAAGCCGGGUUCUUAUCGUUGACCCAAGUGGGAAGACAAAGAAUAAGUUUCAAAUAUCCGACCUCGAAUAUUGUAAAAUUACCUAGUGCUUGUCACUAGUCAAAGGAAAUUUUUGUUUUUAACACAAAAC